AUGGACCAGCCAAAUUUGAUUGUAUUUCUUGCUCAAUUAAAUCACAAAGAAUAUAUCUGGCUCUUGUUAAAGUUUGCAUUUGUCCAUAUAAUAUUGAUGAAAAAAUCUGCAAAACUUGUCAGAAAAAUACAUAAAUUUAAUUAAUUAUCAAAAAUGAAAUAAAAAAUUAUUGUUAAAAUGGAUAUUUUGAAUUUAAAGGAGAUUGUUUAAAAUAGUAAAUUUUUAAUCUAAUUAAGAUAAUAAGAAAUAAUUGUACUUUUUUUUUUGUACAAAUGGUUUGAUUAUGUGAAUAUCUAAAAGAUUGAAAAGCUCACAAUUUAUGAUUUAAAUUAUUUCUAUAACUAAAAACUAAAUUAUGGUUGCAUAAAAGUAAUUCAAUCAUCUUCAGCCGAGUUUUAAGUGAUUAAUUCUAAUAUUCUAAAUAACAGUUGUAACAAAUGUGUUUCAAUUUCUUCUCAAAGGGCUGGUAUCUUAUAUAUUCUUGCUUAAUUAUUAAUCAUACUGCAAAUAAGGGGGCGGGGGUUUAUAUUUUGA